GAACAGCCGCCCGGACACACUGUAACCAGGGGAGGCUCCGGGUGCUGCGACUGGUGGCGGGGGCGCUGCUCCCACCGCUCAGCACAGCCGGGAGCUGCGAUUUACUGCUGCUGCUGCUGCUGCUGGGAGCCGGGAGCCACCGGGCGGAGCCGGAGACUGCAGUAAUCAAGGCUCCAGAAGACGUUACUGCUGCCUCCAUUGUGAUCUGGAGACCUGCUGCUCUGUGUCAGGGAGAGACCAGAGAAACCAACAGGGGACUUUCUGCGGUGGCUGGAACCAGCCCCUGGGGCAGCUCCGGGCUCUUCCACCACCAGCCCCGGAGCCGGAGCCUGCAGGGGCCAGUGACCUUCAAGAAGGAGACUCAUCAUGCAGGAGAAUUGUGAGAAUGUGACCUCACUGGCAGGUGAUGUGAUGGUGAGUGAGAAUGAGGACGAAAGUCCUCAGCAAAAAAGUCUUGAGCAAGUGGAACCAUGUGGGAUAUUGCUGGGAAGACCUGAAGAGGGUAUUUUCCAAAGUUCUGAGCUGGGAGAAUCCUGUGAGACUCAACACAGGCCAGAGGGGCAACUGGGAAACCCCCCAGGAGAUGGACAGGGAAAAUCCAGUCACCGUGGGGGAGAUUUGAAGGACCUCAAUGGGACCACAGUGCAGCUGAGAAUCAGCACUAAAGUGAAACGGCAUGAAUGUGCUGAGUGCAGGAAAAGCUUCAACCAGAGAUCAAACCUGAUUGUACAUCAGAGAGUUCACACAGGAGAGAGACCUUACAGCUGCCCUGACUGCAGGAAAAGCUUCAAGCAGAGUUCAGACCUUCUUCGACAUCAAAGAAUUCACACAGGAGAGAAGCCCUACCGAUGUCCCAUCUGUGGGAAAAGCUUCAAUCAGAGCUCAGAACUUAGUAAACAUCAGAGAACCCACACGGGAGAGAAACCCUAUAAGUGCCUUGAGUGUGGGAAAAACUUCAAUCAGAGCUCAGAACUUGUUAAACAUCAGAGAAUUCACACAGGAGAGAGACCUUAUAGGUGCUUGGACUGUGGAGAAACCUUUAGCCAGAGCUCACACCUUACUGUGCAUCAAAGAAUCCACACGGGAGAGAGACCCUAUAAGUGCCCCAAGUGUGGAGAAAGUUUCAGUGUGAGAUCAGCCCUUACUACACAUCAAAGGAUCCAUACAGGAGAGAAACCCUAUAAAUGCCCCAUCUGUGAAGAAAGAUUCAGUCAGGUCUCAGCCCUUAUAACACAUGAGAGAAUCCACUCCGGAGAGAGACCCUAUAAAUGCCCCGACUGUGGGAAAAGCUUCACGCAGAGCUCAGCCCUAAUUAGACAUCAGAAAACCCACAUGGGAGAGACACCCUAUAAAUGCUUAGACUGUGGGAAAAGCUUCAAGGUGAAGGUCUCUCUAAUGUCCCACCUGAAACUUCACACAGGAUAGAAGGUGUCAGGAGCUUUCCCUGAAGGGCAGGUGUGGCCAAAUUCAGUGGGCUAUUCAUUUGUAUUGGAGCUUACAGGAAAAGAUCAUUUGCAUCGUCUAAAUUGCCAGCAGAAGAGAAGGUGAGGCAGCAUAGAGGCAGACAGCAUGGGAUAGCAUCCACCCCCAGCAGGGAAAAGGAACUGUAGCUGGGGAGACAUGUCAGAAGAAGACAUUUCUAAGGUUUACUGGAUUAUGAAGAGACAGGGAGCAAAUCCCUAAAAUAUCCUUCAGCUGAGAAGACAAGGAAAACCAGCACCUUGAACUCCGACAGCGGGGUUCUGGCUGAAAGCUAGCCAGCCAUUGCUGGGAAUGGAAGACUAGUGAGGAAACUACCUUGUACAAAGAUUGGUGCUUGUUAAGUUAGCUCCUAGCCAUUAGGAAGCGUAAUUUUACUUUUGUUUGUUUGUGACCCUUUCUGUCUUUAUUCCUUCUACCAGGUAUCACUUAGGGCUUGGCUACACUUGCAAGUUAGAGCUCAUUAAAGCAUUCCCAGGCACCCUAACUUCCGAUUCGUCCACACUGGCAUGGCACCUAGAGCACCUGGACUCUGCAGCUGGAGUGCUCUUGAUAAUCCACCUCCAUGAGAAGCAUAAAGCUUGCUGCUCGCCCGAGCAUCAGUGUGAAUAAGGUUUUGCAUUACUGUGCUUUGAUUGGCCUCCAGAAACGUCCCAUAAUCCCCUUAAGUCAAGUGGCACUCUUAUCAUUGUUUUGGAAUCAGCUGCAGGAAUGCGGAUAUGCCCUUUCAAAGCCCCGCUUCUGACAG